AUGGAGAGAGCUAAACAAGUGUGGCUCCUCGGGGAAUCAUAUCAACUUAGCGAAUUGGAUGGCCUUGUGCCGGCCAUAGUUCAUUCAAAUUUCUGCCCUAUCAACUUUCGAUGGGAGCCCGAGAAACGCUGCAACUACAUUGGCGCUGUUCACUUCCUAGCAACACGGCCAGCUAUGACCGGUCUCGAAAAUGUUGUCACAUUUCGAUGA